UGAGUUGCCACACGUUUAAUUAACUCAAUGCCGAUUCACUUCUCACAUUUUUCCUCACUUUCUCUUUCACACAGUUAGGCACUCAAUUAUCUGUUUCCUGUUUCUCUCUCUACAAAACCUUCCAUAUUCCAUACGGUAUACAAGGCACAAGCUAUACGUAAUAGAGAAAUGGUGCAGAAACUGGAUUUCCCAGCUGUUCAUAAACAUUACUGGGAAUAGUUGAACAAAUCCUACUUACUUUCUCUUCAAAAACCUCAUUUUCCCUAGAAGAAUGCCACACCAAGAGGAAAACGGUAAGAAAAAUUAUGGGUUAGAGGAAAACGAAGAGAAUUUUGAGGGAGGAUCGGAAAAGUCCAGUGAGAUUUCAGCAAUUAAUGCUACAAUUAGUGAAGCAAAAUCAGUUAUCGUUAUGCCCAGAAACAAAUCUCAGUUCACGAGCCGUAGAAUUACACCUUCAGAUAAAGCAGAUGAUAUGUCAGAAAAGCUGCUUCUAAAUGGGGAUCUGUAUUCUGGAAAAUUUUCAAAUAAUACACCUCAUGGAUUGGGUAAAUACCUAUGGAAAGAUGGGUGUAUGUAUGAAGGGGAAUGGAGGAAGGGGAAGGCCUGUGGCAAAGGGAAGUUUUCAUGGCCAUCAGGCGCAACAUUUGAAGGCGAAUUCAAGUAUGGUCGAAUGGAGGGCAGUGGCACUUACAUAGGUUCUGAUGGGGAUAUGUAUAAGGGCUCCUGGGUCGGUGAUCGUAAGCACGGAUAUGGAGUGAAGCAUUAUGGAAAUGGGGAUUACUACGAGGGCGAAUGGAAAAAGAAUUUGCAAGAUGGGCAGGGGAGGUAUACAUGGAGGAAUGGGAAUGAGUAUGUUGGUGAAUGGAAGAAUGGGAUGAUUCAUGGAAGAGGUGUUUUAGUUUGGAACAAUGGGAAUAGAUAUGAUGGGAAUUGGGAGACUGGGAUUCCAAAGGGAGAUGGGGUUUUUACAUGGCCCGAUGGGAGUUGCUAUAUCGGCUGCUGGCCGAAAGACUCAUGUAGAAACAUCGAUAGUGAUCAAAUCUUGAAUGGUACUUUUUAUCCUGCAAAUAAUUGUAAUAAUGUUAAUGGAAAUGAUGAGAAUGAGGAGGGAUUUAAGAGGUAUUUUGAUGAUAAGUUAUUGGUAGCAAAGGAGGAGAGAAUGGAUGUAAUGAUAGGUGGUGGUAGGAAGAAGAGGUGGUCAGUGGACGAGGGGUUGAUGGAGAGGACUUUCCCAAGAAUAUGCAUUUGGGAGUCAGAGGGUGUGGCUGGGGAUAUAACGUGUGAUAUUAUCGAUAAUGUGGAGGCAUCGUUGUUAUAUAGAAAUCACGAUGGAGUGAGGCAAUUACGGAGGAAUUCUUGUAGUUUUAGUGGGGAAGUGAAGAAGGCAGGACAGACUAUAUCUAAAGAGCAUAAGAAUUAUGCUUUGAUGCUUAAUCUCCAAUUGGGAAUUAGGUAUUCUGUUGGGAAGCAUGCUUCCAUAUCCCGGGAUCUUAAGCUCAGCGAUUUCGAUCCUAAAGAGAAGUUCUGGACUAGGUUUCCUCCUCAAGGUUCAAAAAUUACACCGUCCCAUCAAUCCUUGGAGUUCCGGUGGAAGGAUUACUGUCCUGUGGUGUUUAGACAUUUAAGGGAGUUAUUUCAAGUAGAUCCCGCUGAUUACAUGCUAGCCGUUUGUGGAAGCGAUGCUUUGAGGGAACUUUCAUCCCCUGGGAAAAGUGGAAGUUUGUUUUACUUGACUCAGGACGACAGGUUUAUGAUCAAAACAGUGAAGAAAUCUGAAGUCAAGGUUCUUCUUAAGAUGCUUCCAAGUUAUUACGAACAUUUCUGUCGCUAUAAAAAUUCUCUUGUCACGAAGUUCUACGGUGUCCAUUGCGUCAAACCAGUGGGUGGCGUCAAGACACGGUUCAUUGUGAUGGGAAACUUGUUCUGCUCAGAGUAUCGAAUCCAUAGAAGGUUUGAUUUGAAAGGAUCGUCCCAUGGUCGAACAAGUGAUAAGUCUGAUAGAGAGAUUGAUGAAAGCACAACUCUUAAGGACCUCGACCUAAACUUUGUGUUCCGCCUCCCAAACUAUUGGUAUCAAGAAUUAAUCAAACAAAUUGAUCUAGACUGUGAAUUCUUAGAGGCAGAGAGAAUCAUGGAUUAUAGUCUCUUAGUUGGUCUUCAUUUCCAAAAUGAUAAUAUCCUGGACAAAUUUGGGAGGAAACCAUGGAUCAGGCUAGGGGCCAACAUGCCUGCACGAGCAGAGCGAAUUGCUCGAAGGAGUAAUUUUGUUCAGUACACUCCUGGUCGAUUUAGCAAUUCGUCUCCUUCCUGUAGUGGUGAAGUAUACGAAGUAGUCCUCUACUUUGGGAUCAUCGACAUUUUACAAGACUACGAUAUUAGCAAGAAACUAGAACAUGCAUACAAAUCUUUACAGGUCGACCCCACCUUAAUCUCAGCUGUUGAUCCAAGACUAUAUUCCAAAAGAUUUCGAGACUUCAUAAGGAGAAUCUUUGAAGAGGAUAGAUGAUUACAACGAGACCUUAAGUGAAUCUUGAAGCCAGGUCUAAUAGACAAGCAAGAAAGCUCGGAUCAAUGAAGUAAGACAGUUUGGAAUAGACAAGUCCGUGAAUGUAGACAUCGAAACCAUUCUCCUUUUUUGUCAAGCUCGUGUCAUUACCGAUGUAUGAUGUUGGGUUGGUAGAGUUUUUGGCAGCAAGAAGAACCAAAGCUUGCUUAUGGCUGAGUUUAUCUUUUAUUGGUUCUGCCCUCACCGGAGUAAGUUCAUUGUGCGACUGAUGCGCAAGGAAAAUAUUGGUUUUUGUGCUCCUUUUUUUCUUUGAAGUAUUUUUUUGGUGUAUGUAAAGAUUUAGUAUGGGAGCAAGUGUUUCCCAAAAAAGAUUCAAAAAGUGGGUGGGAGGGGAAUUGAAUAAUUGAUUGUACAGCUUACACAAAAAAGAUUGGAAAGAUGAUGAAAUUUUAUUGUUUUCUGGGUGAGUUUUGAAACAUAUCUUGUGAAUGAUAAUGGUAACCUGGCACCAUCUUGGGACUUA